GGGUUUAAUUAUAAAGCUCCUUGGCUGUGAAAAGAUUCUUAUUUUAGUUGAUGUGCUCAGGGUAUUUGAUUGUAGAUUUUCAUAUGGAUUCUACUGUUAUGAGAUUUUUAAGUUUGUCUUUGGUGGUAUUUUUAAGCCUUGGUGUUCAUGACAGCAUUGGAAUUGUUGAUGAUUAUAGUUCUGUCAGCAAUGGAGGAAACCCUGAUAUCCCAAAAGAUGGUCGACCCAUGCAGGAUGAUGUUAAACCAAGAAGUGUUUAUACAUGGUAUGGCCCAGGAGAUGUUUCUGGACCAAUCAGGCCUCGGCGUUCUAGGAAUAUAAUUUAUCGUGCUGCAGUUAAGGGAGGCUAUGGUUCUGAAAGCUACAAUUCUCAGACUGGCUCUUCAGGUGGUCCUGUGACAAGUGGAAGUUCUGGUUUAGACCAUAGUAGCCAGCUUCAGGGCUUUCAAUUUGCUUCAGUUGGAAGUAGUCUUGUGAGUAGUGCAGCAGGUAUGGGCAUGUCAGGGUAUGGUUUAAGUCGGUCAGUUAAUCUUCAAGGCUCUGAUGCUAUUGUUGCUUCCAUGGUCUUGAUGCCAUUGCAGCGACGUAGUGAUUCUGUUUUUAAGCCAGAGCAGCUACCUCCCCAAGUUCCUCUGCAGCCCAGCAAUGACUCUGUGGCAGAGCCUGGCAGUCAACCGCUAGUGCAGACAAUCUCCCAGUCCAAUGGUCCGCAACCAGCACAAGCCAGCCCUGGAUCCAUGGCCCAGUCUAGCACCCUGCAGUUAACCCAAACCAGUGGCCAACAAAUAGCACAGGCCAGCUCCCAUUCUGCAAGGCAGUCAAAUAGAUUACCCCUUAAGCCUCAGAAAGCUAGAGUUUGGCAAACUAGUUCUAAGCUUUUUUCAGGUUCCAAGCCAGUUCAGGAUCCAAGCUUUGGCCAAUACUGUGGCCAGAAACCAGUACAAACUAGCUUUAAACCGGUAGUUCAACCAAGCAGCCAACAACGAGCACAGAUCAUCCAGACUAGCAGUGAACAACUGGCACAAACCAGCUUUCAGUCUGUGGCCCAAGCCAGUAGCCAGCAACUUUCACAAGCUACUAACCUGCCUUUGGUUCAGCCCAGUAGCCAACAACUACAAGAACAGGCCAGCUCUCAGUUUGUGGCCUGGCCAAGCAGCCACCUAGCACAAGCCAGCUACCAUUCAGUGGCCCAGCCUGCUGCCCAACAACCAGCACUAGCCAGCUACCCAUCUGUGGCUCGGCCCAGUGUCCAACCAGUACAAGCCACUUAUCUGCCUGUGGUUCGGCUCAGCAGCCAACAGGUUCAGGCCAGCCAUUCUGAUGCCCAGUCCAAUGGAAUGCAUCCAGCACAGAGCAGAUAUAUGUCUGAGGCACAGCCCAGUAGCCUGACUCUUUUCAAGCCCCCAAAAGGUAGGCUUCAAUUUGCUUCUAAACUCUUUUCUGGUACCAGGCCACUCCAGAAUCCAAGCUCUAUAGUUCAGUCAAGUAGCCAACCAACCGCACAAGCAAGCUACCAGUCAGUAGUCCAGCCUGCUGUCCAACAAUCAGCACAAUCCACUGAAUCGCCUGUGGUUCAGCCCAGCAGCCAACUUUUAGAACAGGCCAGCUCUCAGUCUGUUGCCCAGCAUAGCACCCAACUAGCACAACCCAGCUACCUGUCUGUGUUUCAGCCCAGUGUCCAACCAGAACAAGCCACUUAUCUGCCUGUGGUUCGGCUCAGCAGCCAACAAGUUCAGUCUAUUAAUUCUGUUGCCCAGUCCAGUGGAAUGCAACCAGCACAGGGGAGCUAUAUGUCUAUGGCACAGCCCAGUAUCCAACAAACACAAGCCAAAUUCCAAUCUGUGGCCCAGGCCAGCAGCCAGCAAUUCUCACAAGCCACUGACGUGCCUGUGGUUCAGCUCAGCAGCCAACAAGUUCAGGCAAGCCAUUCUGUUGCCCAGUCUAAUGGAAUGCAACCAGCACAAGGCAGCUAUAUGUCUGAGGCAGAGCCUCAAAAAGGUAGGCUUCAAUUUGUUUCUAAGCUCUUUUCUGGUACCAGGCCACUCCAGAAUCCAAGUUCUAGCGCUGUAGUUCAGUCAAGUAGCCAAAGAACAGCACAAGCCAGCUACCAGAAAGUAGUUCAGCCUGCUGUCCAACAACCAGCACAAGACACUGACCUGCCUGUGGUUCAGCCAAGCAGCCAACUAAUAGAAAAGUCCAGCUCUCCAUCUGUUGACCAGCUCAGCACCCAACUAGCACAAGCCAGCUACCCAUCUGUUGCUCAGGCCAGUGUCCAAUCAGUACAAGCCACUGACCUGCCUGUGGUUCCGCCCAGCAGCCAGCAACUAGAACAGGCCGGAUCUCAGUCUAUUGCCCAGCCCAGUAGCCAACUAGCAGAAGCCGGCUACCAAUCUGUGGCUCUUCUCAGCAGACCACAAAUCACUCAAGCCAUUGACUUGUCAGUGUCCCAGCCCAACAGCCAACAACCAAUGCAAGGCAGUGACCAGUCUGUUGGCCAAACCUCCAGCCAGCAACUAGUUCAGACCAGCCAAUCGGUUCAGUCCAGUGAACCACAACUAGCACAAGGCAGCUUUAUGUUUGUGGCACAACCCAGUAGGGUGACGCUAUUCAAGCCCCAAAAAGGUAGGCUUCAAUUUGGUUCCAAGCUUUUUUCUGGUACCAGGCCACUCCAGAAACCAAAUUAUAGCUCCGUAGUUCAGUCCAGUAGCCAACAACCAGCACAAGCCAACUUUCAGUCAGUGGCCCAGCCUGCUGUCCAGCAACCAGCACAAGCCAACUUUCAGUCAGUGGCCCAGCCUGCUGUCCAGCAACCAGCACAAGCCAACUUUCAGUCAGUGGCCCAGCCUGCUGUCCAGCAACCAGCACAAGCCAACUUUCAGUCAGUGGCCCAGCCUGCUGUCCAGCAACAAGCACAAGCCAGCCACCCAUCUUUGGUUCAGCCCAGUGUCCAACAACCAGCACAUUCCAGAUGCAAGUCUGUAGUCCAGCACAGUGGAGAAACUGAUUGGAUGCCACUGCAGGCCCAAGGGGGCCAACUUUAUCAAGUUGGCUCCAAACUUUAUUUAUGCCAGGAGUAUGUAUUGCAGCCAAGUUGCCAGCAUGCAGCCCAACCAGGAUCGACUGAAUAUCAACCUCCAUCAAGACCAGCAUCUCAAUCCUUAGUUCAGCACAUCAAAUAUGUUAAACAACCUAUUCACCAGGCCCCAGUGAAGCCUGAGCAGGACACCCAUUUGUUGGAGUCACCCAACAGCCAUAUCCCUCCUGGACCACUGCAGUCCACUUUCAGACUAGCACAACCGCCUGAACAGUCUAGCUACCAGCCUCCAGUUAUUCCAAGCCAACAGCCUCUUGCUAAGCACGGACUGCCCAGUUAUGGUUCUGAAUCACAGCUCAGUGGACCGCAAUCUGGACCUCCGAGGCAAUUGCAACAGCCUGGCUACCAGCUUCUGGCCAUGCCUAGGCAAGAUGUAUACAAACCCUCAAGCAAUCUAGAACCAUCCACCUACCAGCCUCAGUUGUUGCCUAGCCACCAGUCACUAGCUCAGUCUGGCUACUAUUCCACAGUUUUGCCAGCACAAUCCCGAUACCAGGCACUGUCCAGUUCUGAGACUGUCUCUCAGUCUGGAUACCUUGUCUCCUCUAUGCCUUGGCAGUCCAGUUCCCAGCCUCAAAUGCUGCCUAGCCGCCAGUCACUAGCGCAGUCUGGCUACUUAUCCCCAGGCAUUCCAGUGCAAUCUCAGUACAAGCCCCAGGUACAGUCAAGUUACAAGACCGUAUCACAGCCUGGGUUCCAAACAUCUGUGCCUGGGCAGUCAAGUUACAAAUCUGUAUCCAGAUCCAGUUCCCAAGCCUUGGAGCAGCCCAGUAGUCACCAUUUCAAGCUAAGUCGGUCUCAGUCCAUGCAACCAGAACUUCAGUAUCCUGCACUGAAUUAUCAGCCUGUAACAAACCAGAAUGCUCCUGGAACAGCUAAAAGUAGCCAGCAUUCAUCCCAAAACAGAGUCUGGUUGUUCCAACAAGUGAAAUCAUAGCUGUUUACUUGCUUGAAGUUUUCUGGUUUUGAAUGACUGUUUUUGAAAAUCUCAAUAAAAUGUCAUUUAGCAA